AGUCUGGGCCGCACGUUCAUGGGCUACCGCCAGCUGAAGGCGAGCUCCAUUCAGCGAGCCGACACACCGCCGCCGUGCGGCAGCCAACCGGCGGCGUUUGAGCGCCGCGCCGUUGCUUGUGUUCCCUACUUCCCUCCCGCGUGUGGUCUGCGCUUGCAAUGCUAGCGACGACGCCUCCGUACCCGCUCACUUGCUUCCAUGCUCCACGGCGCGCGCAGGAGGACGGCGCCGCUCCCUGCCGCGCUCGCAGCCGCCUUCUUCGCUUCCAAGCCCCAGCCUCAGCCUCUGCCGCAGCUGCCAACGCCGCAGAUCGUCGAAGCCGCCGUCGCGCGCUGCCCCUCAGACGGCCUCGCGCUCUCCUUCUUCCUGUGGUGUGCCCGCCGCCCCGGCUAUUUCCACCCGCCCUCCUCCUUCGACCGCCUCCUCCCCGCCGCCUCCCGCUUCGCCUCCCGCCUCGGCACCGCCAACGAGCUUAUCCGCGAGCUCCAGGCCCUCGGCGUCCCCGUCAAGCCCCAGACUUUCCUGCUCCUGCUCAGGCUUUACUGGCGCGGGGGCCUAUACCCUAUGGUGCUCGAUCUGUUCGAUCAAAUGCGCCUCUGGGGAUUCCAACCCAAUGCCUUCGCCUGGAAUGUCGUCCUCGACGUCCUGCUCAGGACAGGCCAUCUUGACGCAGCGCGACACACGCUUCAGUACUACCCGACACCCAAUUACCUCACCUACGCCAUUGUGCUCACUCAUCUCUGCAGGGCUGGGGCCUGGUCAGGCGCCCGGAGUUGUUUUAUGGAAAUGCUACAGUUGGGAUUUCUCCCAAGUGCAGCUUCUCUCACUGCGGUUUUUGCCUGCUGCAGUAAGGCUGGAACUGUGUCUGAGCUUCUGCAACUGCUUUCUUUCGCGCUUGUCUCGGGUUGCAAGCUCAGCUCAGCCAUGUGGACAUGUUUGAUCGCUCGUCUGUGCCGUGAGGGGCGACUAGAGGAGGCUUGUAAUAUGCUGGCAAAGAUGGUGGAUUCUGGUUCUUCUCCUUCGGUGGUCACCUACACUCCACUUGUCAGAGGAUUCUUGCGAGCUGGUAGGCAUGAAAAGGCCCGCGAGCUUUUGGGAUCAAUGAUGUCUGCCAGCUGCAGCCCAGACAUUGUUUUGUAUAAUGUUCUGAUGGACAGCAUGGCAAAGGAGAGAAGAUACAAUGAGGCCCUGGAUAUUUACAUGCAUAUUCAUGGCAGUCAGAUAAAGCCAGAUGCAUACACCUUAUCUACUUUAGCUCGGGUAUUACAGUUUUCACAGAAUAUGGGCCUUCUUCACAGGUUGAUUCUACGCUCCGAUAUCUCUCUUGAUCUUGUGGCCUGCAAUUCUGUGUUGAGUGCUCUGUGCAAGUCAGGUUUUCCAUCUGAAGCCAUCCAGUUCUACAUUGAUAGAAUUGAGACAUGCACCAGCUCGGACAGCUACACUCAUGUCGGAUUACUGGAUAGUUUGUGCCAGUUAGGAAGGGUAAACCAUGCAAUCGAUGUGUACCACAAUAUCAUUGCGAGUGCUCCUGAAUCAAAUGCCUAUGUUCAUGCAGCAAUCCUCUGUGGCCUUGUUAGACAGGGUCAGAGCCUUGCGGCCUUGAGGAUUUUAAGAGAGGCUGUACGGAAAAAAUAUGCUGUUAAUUCUGUGUGCUACACUGUGGUUUUACAUGGUCUUUUCUGUGUGCAUCUGGUGGAAGAGGCUUUCAGGUUGUUUGACCAGAUGAAAAAUUCAGGAUUAGCACCCAACACUUGUACAUACAAUGUGAUGCUUCGUGGACUUUGUAGGACCAGGGAUCUGCAUGCUGUUAAGCAGUUGUUAACAGAAAUGGAAUGUGCUGAUGUUAAAAUGGACAGUAUAUCAUUCAACACAGUAGCUGUGCUCCUAAUUAAGUCACAGCGCAUCGACUCAGCUGUUGCAUUGAUCAGAGACAUGCUAAAUCUAGGCAUGAAGCCUAGUAACAGAACUUGUUCAUUACUUUCUCAGUCCACUGUCUAUAAAUCUGUUUUGGUGGAUAACACCACUCCCACUGUUGAAAGCGAUGGGUCAGAUUCGUCCAGUGAUCUCCUUGUAUGCUCAGCUUCAUAGGCCAUUUUAUGUCAACUGUACAAACAUAUUAUCAAGUAGGCCAUCUUCUAGAAGGGAUGAUGAGUCCUCAAUGACUUUCUGCAUUCAGUAGGUGCUAUACUGCCCUAAAAAAAGGUUGGUGGACAUACUGCAGUGAAAAAGAUCCAUAUGGACAAUAUUACCUUGUGCAGGAAAUAAAGUGGUCUGGUACUAUAAAUAUUGGAUCUUUCAGUGGACUUGCAGUCUAGAUUAAGGGGUUCAUACACUUGAAAAUUUGAAAUGAUUUUGCAACAUGGCCUUUCACUUGAUCUGAGAGAAUGUGCAGGUA